AUGGGGCUUCUGUACGGGACGUUCCGGACACUGAGCUUGUCGAUGUCAUGCGGUGCCCGGCCCUGCAGCCGAAGCAGUGGCAUCUCCUACACGCAGGGCCAGAGCCCCGAGCCCAGGACGCGCGAGUACUUCUACUUUGUGGACCACCAGGGCCAGCUUUUCCUAGACGAUUCCAAAAUGAAGAAUUUCAUCACCUGUUAUAAAGACCCGCAGUUCCUGGUCACUUUCUUCUCCUUCCUGCGACCCAACCGUAGUGGGCGCUACGAAGCCACAUUCCCCUUCCUCUCGCUCUGCGGCAGGGAACGCAACUUUCUGCGCUGCGAGGACCGGCCCGUGGUCUUCACGCACUUGCUGGCCGCGGGGUCGGAUCCUCCGCGCCUCUCUUACUGCGGCGGCGGCAAGGUUCUAUCGGUGCCUUUCGAGCCAGAGCGCUUGCUGCCCUUGGCCGCCAACGGGCGCCUCUACCACCCGGCGCCUGAGCGCGCUGGCGGCGUGGGCCUGGUGCGCUCGGCACUGGCCUUCGAGCUCAGCACCUUCUUCGAGUACCCGCCUGGCGCUCCCGCACUGCCCUCGCACAUACACUGGGGAGGCCGCCGCCUCGCGCUCACCAUGGACUUAGCUCCACUGCUGCCCGCAACUCCUCGGGCUUGA